GCUCUUUGGUGCAUCUGCGACAGAUGCGCAGCGUAGCGUGAUCAUUAGCAAUUAAUAUGCGAGCAUAUGUAAAGCUAUGGUAAUUAAUCGUUUAGUUAUCGACGGGGCUGACUUGGAAUUGGCACAAUUGAAGAUGAACUCGGACUGCGGAGUGUACUCUCGCGUUUUUGUGAAUUAAUAUAUACGGGUCGGGACAUGGCGUAUGUUAAUGUAGCCGAAUGGAAAACGGAUCAAGUGUGCGAGUGGUUAAAAGGAUUGGACACUUCUGUGCUUCCUUAUGUUCAUAGUUUUAUGAAUCAUUUUGUCAAUGGACAACAACUUCUAAGUUUGAGACCGGAAGAUCUAGAACAUCUUGGUGUAUUAAAACUUGGCCACCAAGAAAUUAUUUUAGAAGCUGUUGAAUAUUUAAGAAAUUUCCAUUAUGAAUUGGAUCGUGAAAAUUUGCAGCUUUUAGCACUUCGUUUGUCCUGUCAGGCACACAGCUUGUACAAUGAACUGUCACGUCAAACCGACUCUAAGCCUGUUACCACGCAAACUUUAUCAGAUGUAGCAUCGGUUGUAAUGACUGUAAAGCCAUUAGUAAGAUGGCUAGAUCGUCCUCCUUUCAGUGGUCAACUGGAUUAUAACGAUAAGAAAGCAGAAUUAAUGAAAUUAGCAUUAGAAAUGGCCACUUGUGCUCAGAGAGAUAGAUUUGCAGAGAAACCAAUAGAAAAAAUUAGAACUACUUGUGAACAAUUAGCAAAACUGGCAGACUAUAUAAUACAGGAUGUUGCAGAUCCUAUGAUUUUACAACCUGUAACUUUAGAUUUGGCUACUUUGAAAAAAAGACCUGGCGAUGAAUUGGGGUUUUAUAUCUUGCCUUCCUUUCAUGGAAUACAUCAAAUAGCUGAUAUUAAAUUUGGAUCUGCGGCGCAUCAAUGUGGAAAAAUGGAAGAAGGAGAUGAAAUAGUUCAGAUAAAUUAUCAAACUGUGGUUGGCUGGGAAAGAAAAAACGUAUUGGAAUUGUUUCGUGAGAGUCCUAAUGAAAUACUUUUAACCUUGAAAAGAAGGCCAAGGCACACAAAAGUAUAUGGACAAAUUUAUAUAAAACCAUAUAGACUUCCAAGCAAUAAGAAAACCCCAUAUACAACAAGAUGGCAACACAAUCUUCCAUCUCCACGACCUGAAUUGUUAACUAUACCUGAUUUUACUAUGCCCUUGCCAAGGCAUACACCAAAGAAUUCUAGCCCACAGCCAGCAGGUAUUACAGAUACUUCUAGUAUACUUGAUACAAUGGCAACUGAUAGCAGUGAUUCUGAUAGUGAAGUGGAGCCACCUGUAUCUGUUCGUUUGUAUUCAACAAAACCAAGAAGUCUAGUUCAAAGAAGAGCUACGAUAACAGGUGCUAGUCCAACUACAAAGCAUGGCGUUGAUAUUGAACAAUUUUGGAAAGAGUUAAAACAAGAACAUAGUACUACAUUCCAAUUAAGAGAUAAGGCAGCAUCCUGUGCUCACAGUUUAGAUAGUGUACCAUCGAAUUUACGUCCACAAACUUGUCUAGGUAUAGAACAAACGAAAAGGAAAAAAAGACCUGAUACACAAAUAGAUGAUAAAAAAGAAGAAUUUCAAGAAAAAUCAAGUGAGACUGAAAUAACUCAUACGGAUGAAUGUAAAAGUCUAUUGCAAGAGAUGAAAGAAGGUAACAAAUCGACUACAAUCCAUAGAGAGGUUCCAACUGUUAUUAUCAGAAACGUAGAUAGCCGUUCUUCUCAAAAAAUUAUUAAUGCAACUACCAGAAAUAAUAUGAGUGAUACAAAUGUGCCUUUAGAUGAAUGUAAUAAUUGUAUUAGUGAUAGAUCUAAUAAUAAUAACACUAAAAUAAACAGUAAUGAGUUUAAUGCUAGUAACGUUAAAGAACGUGGAAGAUUAGAUAAAAGUUAUAGUACUCCUGCAUACGAUUCUAUAGAAAAUAAUAUUGGGAUUGAUAGAAAAUUAUUACUUUUGGAGAAUUCAUUUGAAAAAACGAAUUCUUCGUCCAACGUUAUGAAUUCAAAGGAUAUUAAAUUCAAAAUGACUAAUGAAAAUAAAGAACAACAGAAUCUAGGACACAUAAGCAAUGAAAAUAACGAAGAAAAUUUAAUUGUUAAUGUUUCACAAAAAGUUAAUAAUCUUGAAAAUAACAUUCAUUUUAAGAAUAUAACGGAUUCUGUGCAAAUAAAUAUACAUAAUACUAAUUGUAAAGAUUGUUUGAAAGAGAACCAAAGCAAUAUUGAAUCUAUAAUAUCGGAUAACGAUAUAUCUGAUAAAGAUCACAUAGUGGAUAGCAUACAUAAGCAAAUAGACAAUACUACACAAAAUGACUAUCAUAAAAUUACUGAAAAUAUAAUUGACUAUGAUACGAAAGAAGAAACUAAUUAUACGGAGCAGAAGUCUAACAGCAAUAACGAAGACGACGUUGCUCUUAAAAGAUUUGGUAAAAUUUUACAAUCUAAUGACUAUAAUUCAAUGGAGAAACUAACAGAACGACAAUAUUCUAGUUCAUAUAUAAAAGAAACUUGUACAGAUGUACAGGAAGAAUUACCAAUAAAUAAUUGUUGUAGCUCUAAUGUAGAAAUGCAAGAUAUCACGCAACGUACAACAAAGAUUCAAAUUAGUCCAAAGCCACGAAACAAUGGUAUAAAACAUUCAAGUCCUAUUGUUGUUGAACCUAAAAUACAUUCUUGUAGAUAUAUUGAAUUACCGAAAGUUGAAUCUACCAAGAAAUUUGAAAUAAGGUCACAUUUAAUACCUCCUGAACCACCACCUCGUAAAUAUAUUCCUAAACCGGAAGUACCUGAAUCUGGUAAUGUUCCAAAAACAUCAGGUAAUUUAGGAAAACCUGUAAUAUCACCAAGACAUCAUAUAAGAAAAGAUUCAAAAAGUAGCAACAUUUUGACUGAAAGAAGUAGCGAUGUAGAUUACAAUGAAAGCGAUGAUUGUUUGAGUAUUUAUUCUAAACGAGUAGAAAAGUCUUCAAAUUCAAAUAAUAAAUUAAAUGCAUCAAUUGAUAAUCAAAGAUCAAUACCAAUUGAUUGUACAGAUCUGAACUUUGAGAUCUGUGAGAAACAGUUAAGAGAAGAAAGAUUGCAUUGUGAGAAAUACGAACCUUUUACUGAAAAAUUUGCUAUUUCAAAUAAUUCAUUGUCAGAUUGUUACAAGUCUGAUAACUGCUCUUGGAAUAGUGAUUUUUCUGAAAGUUCAAUCUGUACAAGACAAGAGCAAUUACUGGAAUCCAGAUCAAAUAUUAGCAAACUCUCGGAAAAAGAUAAGAGUUUCGAGAAAGUUGUUGUUAAUAAAGCUAUGAUGGUAGCUAGAAGUAUUGGUUUACAUGGAGGCUUAAGUAAGUCUUCUAAUAACAGUCCAAGAAGUAAUAGAAAGAGAAAUACUCUAUUAGCAAAAAAAAGAAACAUAUCUGUAAAAGAUCUUGGCGUGGGUGAUAUGGAAGGGUGGUUAACAUAUCGUAGUAGAGGUGCAGGAGGUGCCUGGGCCAGGGCAUGGUUUGUUUUAAAACGUGCAGCUUUGUAUAGAUUCAAAAUGCAAAGCAGUACAAAAGCUGACUGUCUUAUAGCAUUAACAGGCUUUACAGUAUCACAAGCAGCAGAAGUCAAAUCCAGAAAGUAUGCUUUUAAGGUUUAUCAUACAGGAACAGUAUUUUAUUUUGCUGCUGAUACAGAAGAUUGUUUAACUCUCUGGCUGGAUGCUGUAAAUAAAGCGACGUUAGGAGCAGAUGUACACAAUCGAAACAGUGCACUUUUUAGUGAGACUGAUGAAAGUGACAAUGAAUAUAAAAAUAAGUUAAAAUUCGCUCAUACUCCUGAAAAUAAACCAAAUAUGGAAAAGUCAUUUGGGUCUUUAAAGAAAACAGUACGAAAGGAUCAAUUAUACAAAGAUCACGAAGUUAGCGGUGCGAGUUUAGAUAGAAAAUAUUUAAGAUUUCUUGGUACAAGAAAUCAAAAUAUUCCUGUACCAACAGCUCAGUUUAGAAGUUAUAGAAGAGUACUACCGACAAAUAUGACAAAUAAGAAAGAAGAUUGUAUGACAUAUUCCCCGGAUUUACAGAUGACAAUAGCAGGAAGUACAUUUUAUGGAUUAAGUGCUUCUCAAAGUGCAACUGAUAUGUCUUAUAACAAUCAAGAAAUGGGUGAUUAUCGACGUACUACAGAUAGGUGUACCAAUUAUCGGAGUAAAAAACCGGAUGAAUUACAAGGAUUUAUUACUUUGGAACAAUUUAUGUUGUCUCAACAAGAAGAAGAUCAAAGACAAAAUACAGUGCAAAGGUCCAUAUCUCCUCGAGUUACAGCUAUGACUAAUGAUCAUGUUUAUACUCAUCAUAGACACGUUAGUGAUGUUUGUCUACCUAACGAAGAAUCAUGCGCUGCAGAUGCAUAUGUUGGCGAAGGAAUCGUUUAUAAUCAAUAUAAAAAUAAUGGUGAAAUUUCUUCAUCAUACAGACACUCAAAAACGUCAGAUGAAUAUUAUAAAACUCGUCAACAAAAUACGUCUUUAAAUGUUAUUUCAAAUGAUAAGAAAACAGAUUGUGUACAUGAAAAAUCUUGCAAAUGUAAAAAUGCAGCGCAGCACAAAAGACAAUUAGAUUUGAGUACCAAUCACAAAAGAAGAACCCAAGAGAAUCUAUCUCAUCAAUCAUUUAGACAAAAUGAUUCUUUAUCGAGACGACAUGAAUUUUCACAAACACCAGUUCCAACGUGUCAUAGUACACCUGAUACUCGAAAUGAAAGUAGACAUGGGAAUGUCAAUUACGAUCGUAGUGCACAUGUACCUACUCGUGAUAUACAGUUCAUAAAUCAUAAAGAAAAUAAAAAAUCAAAUGAUUAUUCAAUCCCACAAGAAAUAGGUACUUUGAUAGAUGAUCUUCGAUUAGUAUCAAAGAGACUUCAUAAAAACGAAGAAAAUUCAGGAUCUAGUGGUGACCUUACAUAUUUUGUUUCUUCGGAUACAUUACAACGAGCAAAAAAGGAGGCAACUGUAACACGUAAAGGAAGUUUUAAUCUUGCUAAUCAUUGUCGAGAUUAUUUUCCUUCGGAUAAACGUUGGCUCGAUUCUUUAAGAUGUGUUGACAAAAAAAAUAUAAAUUAUGAUAGAAAUCGAUUGAAAAACGCAGCACAAUAUCAGCCUCCACCAAUACCAGCUUCGCCAUUCGAACAAGAAGGCAUGAGAGCCACUUUUGAAAUGCAUCUUGAUAAAAAGGAUCAAGUUCAAAAAACUAAUCGUUUGAAAACUUUAUUUAGCACAAAAAGUCAUCAGAAACCGUGUACUUUAGAUUUACCUAAAGAUGGCCAAAAGACUUUAUUAGGUUCACCGAGAUUACAUAGAGCACUGUUUUGGGAUAAAAAUUCUAAUCAGCAAAAAUCUUCUAUCAUUAGUGAGACUCAAAGUCCCGGUGAUAGCGGAAUCAGUCAGUCUUUAAGUUCCUUCAGUACAAACAGUCAUUCCCAAAAUCUAAGUUACAGUUGCAGUUCGGUUGGUUCGAUGAGUGAUUGGAGUCCAGAUACUCCAGGACCGAAUUCACCACGUAUAUCUAGAUCUAAUGUUGGCCAUGCAUACCAAAAAGAUUAUUCUUCAGACAGAAAAUGUCUUUCUCCACCAAAAUUACCUUAUAUACCACCACCAACAUCUCCACCUCCUGAUUAUCCUGGUUUGGAGUAUCCACCUGUAUUUGAACCUGGUACUUAUUCUUUGUCAGAUGCUUCCUUGUUACGUAAUCGUAACAAGACUAUUGAUAAUAAUAUUCAGUAAAGAAGAAAUGCAUAUGUAUAUCAAUGUAUAUACUGAAGUACUUUAAUAGAAACAACCACCAAAGAUAAUUCUUUUCAGUGUUACUAUAAAGUAUUUCUCAUAACGAGAUGUCGAAGAUUUCUAUUACUUUAACUAAAAUUCAACUAGUAAAAUUUCAACUUACUAUUUAAUUCAAAAAAUGUUUAGGAAUGUACCUCGUAUUUGAAGAUUUUUACAAUGAUAAAUUGGGUAUCCUGUUUAUAACUAAGUAUUGAAAGGAACAGUUUCCCGAUAAUAUAGACAACUGGAAGACUGAAAUAAUUGUUAUUUAAUGUUGCCUUUUAGGUGCUAUAAAUAGUGGUUGUGUUCAAAUCUAAGAACUCCAAAGAAUUCCACUUUACUAUUAAUAUUAUGUAUAUAAUUGAAAUUCUUAGAUUUAAACGAUUUUUCAAAUAUUACUUUCUUUUUCUUCUUUUUUUUUUUAUUUUAAUAAUUUAUGUACUUUUUAUGCAUAUCACGUAUUCGUACUAGUGGGAGAUAUUUUACAAUAUUAUACUAUCUGAGAGUAUAAUUUUAAGACCCUACAAAUGUUUAUUAUUCUUACAUGCCUGAUUCUUUUUUAUAGCAAAAAUUUAAAACAAGUUUUUAUGUUGAGAAAUAUAUACAUUUAUGUGUGGGUUGAUACAUUUCAUUUAUACACAUAUAUGUAUUUUAUAAAGUCAUAAUAUUAUUAUGGAAAUGAUAAAGAUAAACUUUUUGUAUGAAAGUUUUUGUGUAGGAUUUUUUUUAAAUAAUAAUAAUAAUAAUAAUAAUAAUAAUAAUAAUAAUAAUAAUAAUAGUAAUAAUAAUAGUAAUAAUAAUAAUUCCCACACAUAUUUUUACAAAUAAUGCAAUAAUAGAUCUUUUAAGCUGCUUGUUUUAAUAACAGUUUAUACAAAAGCUGGUGAAAUACCAAUACUAUAUCUCUAGUAUUAUUAGUAUAUUAGUAUAUUGCUAAUCAUUAUAUAUAAUUCAUUAUCGUAAAUUGUUCAAUUGUAUGAGUACACUAUGAAAAAAAAAUUAUGUUGUUUAAUCAUUACUAAGCUUCAAGUUGUGCAAGAAAAUUUUUACGACAUAAAUGUGAUGAAUCGCGAAAGUGCCUACAUAUUUUUUUAUUGUAAAUUUUAUAAAUAAAAAAUAUUAGGAAAUAGUAAAUAACUUUUUACUUAAGGAUAUUUAUGAAAAACAAAAAAGAAAAUGAAAAAUUAAUAAAU